AUGUCUUCAUCAGGAAGAGGCUCGAGAGCCACCUUCGUCGUCGCACCCCCCGACUCAAUUCGAGUUGGCCGAGAAUUCCCAAUCAUCAUACAAGCCCCUGCCAACGAAGACAAUGGCUCAAUGGGGUUUCUGACGCUUCACUCUGUGACUUCGCGCUCAAGCAGUCCCUCGGAGGCUUCAGACUACGUGAAAGGAAGCCUCGUUGGAAAUUGGGACGUCAUGUCGAAUUGCUUCGACAGCAUGGAGUUUCAGGUCAAGGUGACGCGACCGGGGAGCUAUUAUCUUCAGAUUCAGCUCUACAGCGAACCUCGAGACAAUCACGAUGGGAGAGGUCUUACGGUGGAACAUUUGGGAGGUGUGGAGAGCCAGCGGUUCCGUGUGCGCGAGAAGAGUUCUUCACCUAGAAGCUCUAAGCGGUGACGGGGUACGAAUGCGAAUAUUUGCCACAGGGUUUGUUAAUGACUGGGAAAUGACUUUAUGAUGGUAUGGAAAAUUGGGUACGGAUUGGUUCGGGAAGAAUACGGCCCUUGCGGGAAUAGAAAGGUAGAGAAACGCUUGCAAUUGCGGUCUAUAUGGGUU